CUGCGUUCUGUUUCUCAAGCGGCAUCUGGCAACUCGAGUUUGUUCUUUCUGUUGGACAGCAUACAAACGAUGGUAAAUCGACAGCAUAAGUGCUCACUGACAGACGACGAACAGACAAAAGCAUGUCUGCAUUCGGCACCCUGACGAAUGGAAUUGCUCAACUCCGAUAUAUGUUCUUGUCUUUGAAUGUGUCCUAGAAAGUAGAAUAAGAUAGUGCCAGCGCUUAGGAUAAAGCAGCGUGGAAUGUGGCACAGUGACUAGAUUUAAGACUUGAAGAAAGCCGCCAUACAUAGAAGCAGCAGAUCUCACGGAACCAGGUUCGCCAGAACUUGGAAAUCUUUCCUUCGUUCCGCAUUCUCUGACCCCAAUAUACAUUUCCUUAUCAACAUGCCUAGAGCGACUCGAAAACGCCGCCGUGCUGUCGAAAGCUCAAAUACUAGGCAGAGUAAGAAGAAGAAGUUGACUCCAGUUGAGGAAGAGACUGAAACAGUCAAGGAAGAGACUGAAGACGAACGCGAAGAACGAGAAGCAAGAGAGAAUGCUAUGCAGGAACUUGAGCAUGCUUACAUAAGGGUUAAAUAUAACCGUGAGCCAAAGGAUCCGUCAAAGUCUCCAAAAUUCGAACUGAACCAUAAAGUGUCACAAAGAUAUGUGUUAGGCGGAAGAGAGACCAUUUUGUACGGUUACAUCCAUUUCAUUGAAUGGCUGAAGCCAGGCAAAGGCCAGGAGGGCUCAUACAUGUAUCACCUGCGUGAGCACGAAGACGCCAGCGUCCUUCCAUUCAAGAUGUUGCCAACAUCGCCCACAGACGCCUAUGGAGAUGCCGGCCGUUCUGGGCGUCUCAACAAGUGCGGAUAUGAUGUAGGCGACGCUGUGUAUGCGACUGGCGUGGGUUAUGCCAAGAUAGGUUAUAUUGGUAAAGAAGAUGGUCCCGAUGGUCGACAGUAUCUGCUUUGUGAUGGCAAAACUGGGAAGACUUUCAAGAAGCCAGAUGGUAGCGUAUGGUAUUGGCAGGAUGACUUCACGGGAUGGUACCUACCUUGAUGUUAACUUGGUGAGCGAGCAAGUCAAAAUGUCAACGUCGAACGAAGUCAUGGGCCAAGCUUGAGGAGGUCAUGGAACACAAAAA